AUAAAUGCAAGUGAAAUUCAAAGAUUUUCGGAUUUUCCAUUGUCAAAGAAAACUCUAAAAGGAUUGCAGGAAGCUCAGUAUCGCGUGGUAACAGAGAUACAGAGGCAAACCGUAGGUUUGGCUUUACAAGGUAAAGAUGUACUUGGAGCUGCGAAGACUGGAUCAGGCAAAACCUUGGCUUUUAUUGUACCAGCUCUGGAACUUCUGUAUCGCCUUCAGUGGACUUCAGCUGAUGGGCUGGGGGUUUUGAUAAUAUCGCCUACCCGGGAACUGGCAUUUCAGACCUUCAAGGUUCUGCGUAAAGUGGGAAGGAAUCAUGAUUUCUCAGCUGGCCUUAUCAUUGGAGGAAAGGAUCUGAAAGAAGAGACUGAAAGAAUUCACCAAAUAAAUGUGCUAGUUUGCACUCCGGGACGACUUCUACAGCACAUGGAUGAAACUUCCUAUUUCUAUGCCUCUGAUCUGCAAAUGUUGAUUCUUGAUGAAGCGGAUAGAAUUUUAGACAUGGGGUUUGCUGAUACAAUGAAUGCAAUCAUUGAAAAUCUGCCUAAGAAACGCCAGACCUUGCUUUUUUCUGCAACGCAAACAAAAUCCGUGAAGGAUCUUGCACGACUGAGUCUGAAAGAUCCAGAAUAUGUUUGGGUUCAUGAGAAAGCCAAAUUCAGUACUCCAGCCACUUUAGAUCAGAACUAUGUUGUUUGUGAGCUUCAGCAAAAAGUAAACAUGUUAUACUCUUUCCUGAGAAGUCACUUGAAAAAGAAGACCAUUGUGUUUUUUGCAAGCUGUAAAGAGGUCCAGUAUCUCUUCAGAGUGUUCUGUAAGCUUCAGCCUGGCCUUCCUGUCCUGGCACUUCAUGGCAAGCAGCAUCAGAUGAAGAGAAUGGAAGUCUACACGUGUUUUGUUCGGAAAAAGGCAGCAGUGCUUUUUGCUACAGAUAUUGCAGCUCGCGGCCUGGAUUUUCCAGCAGUAAACUGGGUCAUUCAGUUUGAUUGUCCAGAAGAUGCAAACACAUACAUCCACAGAGUAGGAAGAACAGCCAGAUAUAAAGAAGGUGGUGAAGCUUUGUUAGUGUUGCUUCCCUCAGAAGAAAAAGGCAUGGUGGAACAGCUGGCACAGAGGAAAGUACCUGUCAGUGAAAUCAAAAUUAAUCCUGAAAAACUUACAGACAUCCAAAAGAGGAUGCAAGCUUUCUUAGCUCAAGAUCAGGAGUUAAAAGACAAAGCCCAAAGGUGUUUUGUGUCCUACUUGCGUUCAGUUUACUUAAUGAAGAAUAAGGAAGUAUUUGAUGUUUUCAAGUUGCCUCUAGCAGAAUAUGCCCUAUCACUUGGUCUUGCAAUGGCACCUCGUGUGAGAUUUCUUCAGAAAGUGCGGAAACAGCUGUGUGCGAGUGAGGCAGCUGAUGGGACAGAUCACCUGAAGGAGACAGAGCAAAAUAAAAAUACUCUCUCCUCAGUAAAUGCGGAAGGAGUGGAGAAAUGUGGAACUAAUUUCAAUGAAAAGGCAUCUCUUAACAAAACAAAGGAAAAGGAGAGAAGGAAGGAAAGGGAAGAAUAUUCUGCUUCUAGUGAAGGUGAUGAGGAGAGUGGUGAGUCAGAGGAUGACUCUAAAGAGGUAUCUGAGGAGGAGGAAGAGGAAAAAGUUCCAAGCAGGGUACCAAACCCGGAAUCCGUGCAGUUCUUCGAAGAUGAGGACUUCAGCGAUGAUGAUGAUGAUACUAACAAUCUUGAUUUGCUGACAGUGAAACGACGGAAUGUUUUUGGCGUGGAAGCUAAAGAUAAUCCUGCACCG